AAACGACUUUGCAUCCAUGCUCUGAGGCUUGCUUGUUUCGUCUUGUCCACCCAACGCAGAGCGAUGAUUAGCCUCAGGGUGGAACAGCACUCAGAUUCUCCGAGAUCCCGUCAAGACCAUUUUUUCCGUGGAAACGACGACAGCAGAGCCUUCGACUGCAAUGCCGAUUGCCAGUGAGAGCAGCACUACCGUCAACCCCGUGACUACCACCAUGACAACAUUUUCCGCCCCAGUAACCGCACCUAGAUCGAUGCCCAACAAUCAGUCUGCGUUGGCGGCAUCCUUCACCAAUUUCCUCACCGUUUCAAUACACCAAAUCUUAUUUCUCCGUUCGGUCUAUCCGCGAGCGACUUUUUUGCCUGUUCGGGCCUACAACUAUCCGGUCCGACAGUCCCGUCACCCGAAAGUGUGUGAUUAUAUCAAUGACGCGUCAAUUGCGGUCGGGACAGAGAUCUUGAAGGGCACAAUCACCGCAGUCAGUAUCAUCAUUUCAUCUCUCCGCACCAACCAGCCCCUCGAGCGAUAUGCUUUUGAUCUGUCGGGUUUCCCCCGCGUCCCCGCUGGAGAGAUCAAUACCACCUUUGAAGAUAGAAAGGAAGAUUCAUCCAAACCAGGUGCCCCCUUAUCGGACCGGGGUUCCGCUCCUCCGCCAGUUGACCUCGAGGCGCAGUUCCGUGCCUGUCUCGCCAGAUUGGCCUCCGCUUGCGCUCGAUUGACUCCUUUGCCCCGGGAUGACGAGUUUAGUUUCACAGUCUGCAUCGAAGUUCGGGAAGAUGCCUUGCCCCCUGCGGGUACUACAACAGAAGAACAGACUUGGAUUGUGGCCGAGCCGGGCAAAGUCCAUCUCCGGUCGUGUACCGCACCGUAUUCCGUUUCCAAACUUCGAAACGGCGAGCCACAGCAGCCUCCCCCCCGAGUAUCGAACGGUCGCGCCAAAACGGUGCCUGUACGACGUGUAGAAGCCGGUGAGCUUCGUCUAGAAUUAUGGGUGGAAGAGGCACGACAGAAAUUUAAUGAGCCGGUGGAUUCAGAACAUCCCCCAUGAAUCUGACUUUCUGUUCAUUUUGAUCUUCUAUAUUCUCGCCUCUGUUCAUCUAGUCGUUUCAUUUUCUUUUUCAGACAUGUUUUUGCACCUUACCAUCUUUUCUCCCGUUU